GCAGUCGGUCUCUCUUCUCCGUCAGAUAAUGAAUGUGACGGUGCCCUAUAAUUGUAUGCUCAACCGUUUGUACGUGAAUGUCAUAGUAUGCGGCAGUCUCUGUAUAUUUGGAAUAGUUGGAAAUUUUGUUUCAUUUUUUGUUCUUGGUCGAGACAAGUGUAGUCCAGUUGCCUCUCUCCUCCUGCAAAGUUUGGCUGUUGUGGAUGCAGUUUUUCUUAUUCUUUCAGUUAUUCAUUAUAGUGUUAGAGAUAUUCUCUAUGUUAUGUCAAGAGAUUCUGAAGUUCAACAAAAGAACUUGGCUUGGUCAAUCAUAAGAGUCUACACCUAUCCAAUAUUAUUUAUUGGUCAAAUGGCUGCCAUGUAUAUUACAGUGCUUGUGGCUGUGUCCCGUUUCAUGGCUGUUUGCCGCCCAUACAGUGCGAAUGUUUGGUGCAGUUUGACGAGGAUGAGAGCUGCUACCUUUGCUGUCUUAAUAUGCAGCGUCCUCUAUAACGUACCACGCUUUUUUGAGCAUAAAGUUUAUGCGAAUGCAUCUGUAGAAUCUACUUUGACAAUAAAUACAUCUUAUACUCUUCUAUAUCAGAAUAUUUUCUACAAUCUAUUCGCUUUUGGACUACCCUUACUGAUUCUUAUAUUUUUGAAUACCAAGUUGACGAUAGUCUAUAGAAAAGUGGUACUUAGAAAAAGAGCCAGCCUACAGAAUAGGAAUUCUCCGGCCGCGAGUGAGGAUAACAUUACAAAGAUAAUGAUAAUAGUAGUGUUAGUAUUUAUAUUAUGUAAUCUACCAUCCAGACUUAUUCUCAUUCUUACUCACUACGAUGUUGGUCAGCCGUGCUCAAUAUCUUGGUGGUUAGCCGAAUUUGCCACAGUUUUAGAAAUAUUUAAUGCCAGUGUCAAUUUCAUUAUUUAUUGCGUUUUUCGUUCACGGUUUCGGGCAAUUUUGGGUGAGUGCUUAGGUUGUCGAGCCAGAUCAUUGUCACCAAGCCGAAACUCAAUGGCUUUAACCGAUUUGAAACGAGGUCCGAAUCACCCAGACACCUGCGAAACUCAAUUGCUAAGAUCUUGA